CACCAAACACAAACGUGUUACACUUCCUUCCAGAGGAGAAGCAGCGUAAUAGACCGAAGAUCGGCAUUUUGUUCUUAUUUUAGCGUUUCUGGAUAUAUUUAAUCAAAAUGACUAUUAUUAACAUUAUAACUUAGACAUGUUACAUUUAUAAGGCAGUUCGUUUAUUGAUAAUUUGGAUAUUUUCUAUCUAAAAAAUAUCCUGUGUAGAAAACAGCUGUUCGUUCGAAGUGUUCUCCAGCUUUUCAGUUUCAUCAGAUUUAGAAUUGUCUAGAAAAUAGCACUUCAAAAAAAGUCAAGAUGGUGUUAGCAGAUCUUGGAAGGAAAAUCACUUCCGCUUUAAAAUCGCUCAGCAAUGCGACUAUCAUCAAUGAAGAGGUUCUUAAUGAAAUGCUCAAGGAGAUCUGCAAAGCUCUCUUGGAGGCAGAUGUCAACAUCAAACUUGUAAAACAGCUGCGAGAGAAUGUGCGUUCAGUGAUAGACUUUGAUGAAAUGGCUGGAGGUCUGAAUAAGCGCAGAAUGAUUCAGUCUGCUGUCUUCAAAGAGUUGGUGAAACUGAUUGAUCCCGGUGUAAAGGCCUGGCAACCUGUGAAGUGUAAAAACAAUGUGAUCAUGUUUGUUGGUCUCCAGGGAAGUGGAAAAACCACAACAUGUACAAAGAUGGCGUAUUACUACCAGAAGAAAGGCUGGAAAACUUGUCUGAUUUGUGCAGACACAUUCCGUGCUGGAGCAUUCGAUCAGUUAAAACAGAACGCCACAAAAGCAAGGAUUCCUUUCUAUGGAAGUUACACUGAGAUGGACCCGGUUGUGAUUGCUCAGGAAGGUGUCGACAAAUUCCGUAACGAAAACUUUGAAGUGAUUAUUGUAGACACUAGUGGUCGACACAAACAGGAGGAAUCACUGUUUGAGGAAAUGUUACAGGUCAACAAUGCAGUGGACCCUGACAACAUAGUGUUUGUGAUGGAUGCUACUAUAGGCCAGGCUUGUGAAUCCCAGGCCAGAGCUUUCAAGGAGAAAGUUGAUGUUGCUUCAGUCAUCAUCACUAAACUAGAUGGACAUGCUAAAGGAGGCGGAGCUCUCAGUGCUGUUGCAGCAACAAAAAGUCCAGUCAUCUUCAUAGGGACAGGAGAACACACAGAUGACUUUGAACCUUUCAAGGUUCGACCAUUCAUCAGCAAACUCCUAGGAAUGGGAGAUAUUGAGGGGCUGAUUGAUAAAGUGAAUGAACUCAAACUGGAUGACAAUGAGGAGUUGAUGAAGAAACUGAAACAAGGUCAAUUCACUUUGAGAGACAUGUAUGAACAGUUCCAGAACAUAAUGAAAAUGGGACCAUUUAGUCAAAUAAUGGGGAUGAUCCCAGGGUUCAGCUCAGACUUCCUCACAAAGGGUGGUGAACAGGAGUCCAUGGCCCGACUUAAGAAACUCAUGACCAUCAUGGACAGCAUGAAUGACACCGAGCUUGACAGUUUGGAAGGGGAACGCUUGUUUGCUAAGCAGACGGGACGUGCCCAGCGUGUAGCUAGGGGAGCCGGAGUGUCUGUUAGGGAAGUCAACGAACUCCUGACCCAGUACAAAAAGUUUGCACAAAUGGUGAAGAAGAUGGGAGGAAUAAAGGGCCUGUUCAAAGGUGGUGACAUGAGUAAGAAUGUGAAUCCUGCUCAGAUGACAAAGAUCAACCAGCAAAUGGCCAAGAUGAUGGAUCCACGAGUCCUACAGCAGAUGGGAGGCAUGCAGGGAAUACAGAACAUGAUGAGACAGUUCCAACAAGGAGCUCAGGGCAAGUUCGGCGGUGGAAACAUGUUUAAUGGGUUUGGGGAUAGAUAGGGACACAACAGUCCUUUACAACUGAUACAAGGUUUAAUUUAUAAGAGAUAGCGGAGUAAUGGACAUCCACACUGAGCAGCUAUCAGAAGGUUUUUCGGACAGAGAAAAACAAGGGACCUCCAUGUGGGACGGAUUUCAGCAGGAUUUCCAAAUGUGAUUUGGCAUUGACAUAAUCAAUAAUUGGGAAUUUGAUUAUGAUUGUUAACCAAAUAGGAACACUUAAUGAUGUCAUCUCAAAGAAAUUAAUAAUUCUGAUGAAUCUGGAUUUAAAUGUAUUCUUUUGAUAGCGAACUUUUGUCAAAUGUUCUUUUAUUUGCACAAUGUCCACCAAACCUACGAUAUUUAUUGUUCAUCUUCAUUGUCAACAUUUAUUUCCCCCCAAAAAUCCUGGACAAGAAUUCAGAGAGAAAUCAGAAAGAUUUCACUGAGCUGGGAGGUGGUACAGAGUGAUUUUGAUAUAAAAACAAUCCUUGGUGUAUAAUCUGUUGUUUGAACCAUGGCAGGUGUCCAGUAGUAAAUGGAAGGUAAUUUAUCGCAAAACUAUACCCUCUGAUAAUUACACAAAACUACCCUGUGAUCAUUACACAUGGGUGAUACCUUGAUCAUUACACAUGGGUGAAACCUUAUACUUACAACUGAGACAUCUUCUGAACUUUUUGGCAUUGUAUGCAUUGUGAUAUCAUGAAAUAGAAAGGAAUAGAGUGACAAUAAUGCUCUUUUAGAUUCAAUGUCUUCUAAAAUGAUGCAUAUAUUUAACAUGAAAAACAGAAUCUUGCAUUAAUUUCUAAUUCAUAUGAAACAAUAUAAUAGAGUAUUAAUCUUGUCACCAUUCAGGUAAACAACGUGAGAAAUUCUUUCAAAUCUUUCCAUAAAUCAUAAAUGGGAAUUCACAUAAUAUCUACUGUGUAUGGCAAAUAUGAUUGAAAACAUUUACUUACGUAUUGUACUUCAAUAAAUGUUUCCCCUGUGAAUUAUAGAGAUCACAUAAUGUUCCUCCGCCAUACAACUAUUUCUGGAGAAGUUUUUUUUAUGUUUUGUACGGUAAUGGAAGAGUCAAGAAUUGAUAUUUAUUAAGAUUCUCAUUUAUUCUUGUUUAAAAUCUGAGGAUUGAUAAUUCAAAACAAACAAAAAAUAUGGUUAUGGCAGGUUUUGAGAAUCUGCUUCAUUUGUAAAUAAAUUUGUUAAAACAGGAAA